GGUUGCCAAGGAGAGAGGAAGAUGGCGACUGGCAGGGAGUUGUAGGCGCCGCUGAAACAGAUUUAGCAGGCAGACACUGCUUCAGAGUAACGCACCGGUGCUGCUCAUUUGACCGCCGUCCUUUAAGACUUUAUACGACAGGAAUUAAUACGCUAAUGGCGCUGCUGUAUGGCUUGUUAUGGCGGUUCUUGCUGGUUGUUGUACACGUCAACAGAGCGCUCGUCUCCUGGCUUCGCGUCUGGCUUCGGAGCUGGAAGGACCGGUUGUGGGAGAGGGCGAUGGCGACAUUUCUGCUGCCGGUAGCCCUGGCCGGGUUCCCAGAUCAUCACAAGAAGUUAAAUCACAACCCCGAUGCUAACGCUAAUCCGGUAACUGAACACCACACUGCUGGUCACCGGCCACGGUGGUUAUCCGACGGCAGGUCCCUGGAGAAGCUGCCGGUCCACAUUGGCCUGUUGGUGGCGGAAGAAGAGCCUAGCUACACGGACAUAGCGAACUUGGUCGUCUGGUGUAUGGCUGUCGGCAUUUCUUAUGUCAGCGUCUAUGACAAUCACGUUAAGAUUAACUACUCUGCCAUGUUCCCUCCUAGUCGGUCAACGAGUUUAGUGGGCUGA